AGUAUAUUGCCAGGAGAUGACUCUGCUGACAGGAACGUUGAGAUGUGGAAGAUCAAGAGGCUCAUAAAAAGUCUUGAAGCUGCCCGUGGUAAUGGUACAAGUAUGAUCUCCUUGAUAAUACCACCCAAAGAUCAAAUAUCUCGUAUCGCAAAAAUGUUAGCAGAUGAAUUUGGUACAGCCUCUAAUAUUAAGAGUCGAGUAAAUAGAUUAUCUGUAUUGGGAGCCAUCACGUCUGUACAGCAGAGACUAAAGUUAUACUCAAAGGUCCCUCAUGGACUAGUCAUAUACUGUGGUACUAUUGUCACAGAUGAAGGUAAGGAGAAGAAAGUCAACAUCGACUUUGAGCCUUUUAAACCAAUCAAUACUUCGUUGUAUCUCUGUGAUAAUAAGUUCCACACGGAGGCGUUGAGUGCUUUGUUAGCUGACGAUAACAAGUUUGGGUUUAUUGUCAUGGAUGGAAAUGGUGCAUUAUUUGGAACUUUGUGUGGUAACACACGCGAUAUUCUACACAAGUUUACUGUUGACUUACCCAAGAAGCAUGGCCGUGGUGGACAAUCAGCAUUACGUUUUGCCAGACUAAGAUUAGAGAAAAGGCACAACUAUGUAAGGAAAGUUGCUGAGACUGCAGUCCAAUUAUAUAUCUCACAAGACAGACCAAAUAUUGAGGGUUUGAUUUUAGCUGGGUCAGCAGACUUCAAAACCGAGUUGAGUCAAUCGGACAUGUUUGACCCUCGUCUUCAAAGUAAGAUCCUCAAAGUAGUUGAUGUAUCGUACGGUGGUGAGAAUGGUUUUAAUCAAGCUAUAGAACUGUCCGCUGAGGUUUUAUCAAACGUUAAGUUCAUACAGGAGAAGAAAUUAAUUGGACGUUAUUUUGAUGAGAUUUCACAAGAUACUGGUAAGUUUUGUUUUGGAGUCGAGGACACUUUACAGGCUGAAAUGGGUGCAGUAGAAAUCUUAAUAGUUUGGGAGAAUAUGGAUGUAAGCAGAUUCACUUUAAAGAAUCAUGCAAAAGACGAAGAGGUAAUUCUUUAUCUCAAUUCUGAACAAGAGAAGGAUAAGACUCAUUUCUUAGACAAAGAGACAGGGGUUGAACUGGAAUUGGUUGAUCGUAUUUCUCUGCUUGAAUGGUUUGCUAAUAAUUAUAAAACUUAUGGCGCAACUCUGGAGAUUGUUACAGACCGAUCACAGGAAGGAUCACAAUUUUGUAAAGGGUUUGGAGUAGGUGGCAUAUUGCGUUAUCGAGUUGAUUCAUCGAUGGAUUUUGAUCCGGACGAUGAAGAUUAUGACUUCGAUUAUUAG